AUGUCUUUUGAAAGAAUGAGAAAGAGUUUUAAAUCAUUCUUGGGUUUAAAUACAAGUCCAUAAAUUGAUUAAUCAUCUUAAGCAUCUAUUCCAUAAGAACUUCAAUCUUCAAAUUCAUCAUAUAACAUCAAAAAUAAAUUUGUUUAAAUUGAAAAGAAAUAAGAACGUCUUAAUCCAUACAAGAAAUCUCUUCUUCGCUUAAAUGAAUAUUAAAAAACUAUUAUCAAAGGAACCGAUUGCUCUAAAUGUCCAACUAUCUAAUAUUCAAUUAAUUAAGAUGAAGUAAUAUUGCUUACUAUUAACUUUCAAGAAACCUGUUAUUGAUCAUAAAAUAACUAACCCUAGAUGGAAGAGAGAAGAUCAAUCUUAAGAUUACUCUUCUUAUACUUAAAGAUGGAGUUCCUUAAAUGAUGUACCUAAUCCAACUUAUUUUCAAGUUCAAUCAAAACACACUAAAAAUUAACCUUAUGAUCCUUAAACACUCUCAUAAUCAAAAUUAUCAAUUAAAUUUUAGAAAAAUUAAUUUCAUUAAUACAUGGAAGAUAAACCCAUUAAUGUUAUCAGAAAUGAUAAAAAUUCUCCAUUAAAAGAGAAAAAGAAAAAAUCAUCUUAAAUCUCAAUUAGAAGAACUGACAGUGUUAUUUUUGAUGUCCAAGAUGAACCUCUAUUUGAAAAUGGAAGAUAGACAGUCUAAAAAUUAGAGAAUCUUGUAAAAAAUAAUGAAGAUGAAAAUCACAGUGCCUCAGAAUCUAUCAUAAUUAAGAAAUAGUCAAUUACAAGAUUUAAUAAAUUAAUAAAAUAAGAGCAUGAUUACAAUCCUAAAACACUUUUAAUUGAAACAAAACCUAUUUCACCCAGUUAUAGAGAUGAAUAAUAAAAAUAAACAAUUUAAUAAAUACAAUAAGUUAAAUAAUAAGAAAAUACAAUUUAAAAUUCAGAUGGAUAAAUACAAUAAGUAUAAUAAAAAUAAUAAUCAUCAGAUCCAAUUGAAUAAAUUAAAGAACCAUUGUUGGAAAUCAAAUAAGAACUUAUUAUUUAAUAAAAAUUAGAACAAUAGCCAUCGAUAUAAAUACCUGUUAUUGAAGUCAAUCCUUUUACUUCUAAUGUUGAUUGUAUUCUUUUUAAUGCUCCUUGGAUUACAAACUAAAUACCAUAAAACUAAUAAACAUUUAAUAUACUUUAAUCAUAACCAAUAUAAAAUUAGUAUUAAACUCCUUUCAUAUAAUAAUAAUAAUAAUAAUAAUCUGCCUUCCCAUUUUAAAAUGAUUCAUAAAUAUAAUAAAAUGUCUAUUCCAAUUAAACCUUCUUCUCAUAGUAAGUUCAAGCAUCAUCUAAUCCAUUUACAACAAAUUAACUUAAUUAGAAUUUUUUCAAUUAAGGCAAUACAUAAUAACCUUAAACAGUAUAUUAAUCAUUCUAAUAAGAUUAAUAAAAAAAAAAUGAUUUAUUUGGAUUUAAUUAAAAAUAAAAUAAUAAUAAUAAUAAUAAUAAUACUUUUUUAUUUUAAACUAACUCUUUAGGUGGAGGAUCAUUCUCAGCUGAUGAUCAAAAUAAACCACUUACAAUUGAUUUAUUUUCAUCAUAACCUAUAUAAAAUUCAAAAGUAUCAAUGAUCACUAGUCAAGCUGCUGUUAAUUUAUUUACUUUAGAUCAUAAUAGUUCAGCAUAACCAUAAAAUAAUAAAGAAUCUGAUAGAUAUAAAAAUAGAUUUAAAUAAAAUACUGUUAAAUAUAAUGCUGCUGCAUAAAGAAUGGAAUGA